UCAAGCACUAUCCAAUAUGGCCGCGACGUCCAGCAGUUGUUCCUUCUUCUAGUUGGCAUCUAACCUUUGUCCUGUUGGUUAUUUGCAAACAAAACGAUUUUAAUGCGAUACGAAUAGGCGCUGCAGUGAUUUGUUUCCGCGUGUGUCUAUUUUUGUUGUUGUUGAAAAAACGGUAGUUGUGUCGAAAAUGAGUUACACGACGCGGGUGGUUCAGGUGACCAAUGUGUCGCCAAGCACAACGUCGGAACAGAUGAGGACAUUGUUUGGUUUUCUGGGAACCAUCGAGGAACUAAAGCUAUUUCCGCCAGAUGAUUCCCCUAUGCCGGUGACUUCCCGAGUCUGCUUUGUGAAGUUCCAGGAGCCAGAGUCUGUGGGAGUGUCCCAGCAUCUCACCAAUACGGUUUUUGUGGAUAGAGCUUUGAUCGUGGUCCCGUUUGCUGAAGGAUCUAUUCCUGAUGAGGCUAAGGCUUUGUCCCUUUUGGCCCCAGCAAAUGCUGUUGCAGGGAUCUUGCCAGGCGGAGGCCUUCUCCCGACACCGAAUCCCCUCCCAAAUCCUGCUCUUGGAGCCAACCCCUUUGGUGCUCCAACCAUAGACCCAAUGGCAGCGUUUGGAUUUGCUGGACCCAAUAUGAACCCACAGGCUGCUGAUCAGUUGCUAAAGAUGAUGACGGAUCCAAAACUGAAUCCCUUGGCUGCUGGUUUGAACCUGAGUGCGAGCCUGAAGGCCGAUGCGUCAAAUAAAGAGAUUGAAGAGGCUAUGAAGAGGGUCAGAGAGGCUCAGUCACUCAUUUCUGCUGCUAUUGAACCUGGACAUAAGGAGAGCAAAAAGAAACAUUCUCGGUCUCGAUCCAGGUCCAGAAGAAGAAGGACCAGGUCACGUUCAAGACACAGUCGCAGGCGAACCAGGAGCAGAUCAAGACGCAGAUCCAGCUCGAGGAGCAGGCGGCGUUCCAAAAGCCCACGCAGGAGACGCACCCACUCCAGAGACAGGGGCAGGCGAACUAGAAGCAGAUCCAGAGACAGGAAGAAGGAGGACGUUAGCAGGAGGAGAUCAAAAACGCCUCCUAAAAGCUACAGCACUGCCAGAAGGUCACGCAGUGCGAGCCGGAGGCGCAGGAGAAGUCGCACCGCCAGCCGAUCUCCAAAGAAGUCUCCUAAAAGGAGAGUUUCUCCCUCUCCUUCCCCUCGAAGGCACAAGAAGGAAAAAAAGAGGGACAAGGACAGAGAGAGGGAACGCAGGAGUGAUAAGGAACGCGUUCGCGAGGAACGAGAACGCUCUACUAGCAAGAAAAAGAAAAGUAAGGACAAAGAGCGGGAGCGGGAAAGAAAAUCAGAUGGAGACAAAGGAGAUAUUAAGAUCACUAGAGAUUAUGAUGAAGAGGAACAAGGUUAUGACAGCGAGAAGGAAAGGGAGGAGAGGAAGGAUUCAGACGACUCUGCCAUGUCUCCUCAGUCUGUGGAGGGAAACGGCUCAACCCGGCUCGUAAAGCAGGCCAAAGUUAACGGCGCUGAUGAUCGCCACGAAGAAGACAUGGAUGUCAGCGACUGAAUGCUGUUUCAUCCCAAUGUAUCCCACUUAUUUUGGUUAGAAACAUUCUACAAAAUUUCCCCCACUUGGGUAAAUCUAAAAUGUGAAGUGCUUGGAAAAAA